GUCCCAUUCAGUUGGUUUACGUCUGUUACUGCUCGCUCGGUCGCUCGGUCGAUUGCGUGCGUAGCUGUAUCUCAUUGAGCUAAGCAGAAGCUUCUCCAUCACACAUGAUGCACUUAUGUUUCGCGUCCAAGUUGCCUUCCUGCCUCCUCCCGUUGCGAAACAGAACCGCUGCCUCUCUUGACCCCACGCAAUCCUUGUCAACUUCAAUAACCCCUACUGGUCCUGCAUGUGUUCCUCACUGCUACUCGAGUGUAUCACGUGCACGAGAUUCGGUCGCACAAUGCGGAUGAGCAGUAGGCCUUACCAAGAUGGGGCCAGGAGGCGCGCUAGUAAUUCGUGCGCCAAGUUCGUGCCUUCCUUGUUCAACGCGGGAUCUGCGCAACGAUUACACCUACACGUUGACCACCGAAGCAUUUUUUUUCCAUUUCACUCCAGACAAUGCCGACAUACCACGGCAUCACGAUCGCACUACAACGCCAGAAUACGGCAUUCUGCCGUUACAUGAAACGCCAUUGCCAAAAGCAGUCGUUGAGUGGGUUCGAAGGCGUAUCGGAACCUCUGCAAGAAGGGAUUGCCUACUUCACCAGCUCACGGGGCACGACCGUCACAUCAAUCAACAACGGUGUGUCCGUAGACGUCAGCAUCCCAGCGCGACGUUCAAACCACUUCUGGAUCGCAUAUGACUGUCCGCGCCCCACGAGAGAUCUGGAAAGUCGUGCCUCAACUCUCCAGUACUGGUACCUCAAGCUGCUUAUCCAUGGCGACCUCUGGGUGAGCUGGGGUAUGGGUGAGCGCGAUCUGGGGUGUGGUUGAGCGCGAUCAAUG